AUAAAUGGCGGAUAUAUCCUGUUUCAGACCGGGGCCCCCCAAUAAACCAAUCAAACACCAGUCCACACUAUUCCGGCCAUUGAUUUGAAUCACUGUCAAGUGGGAAUACUUUUCCCGGUCACCCCCUACCCCCACCCCCCACCCCCCUACUGGGUUUCCAAGAAAGAAUUGACUUUCUUGAUUUCCCUUAUUACACAACCCGAAACACGGUCGCCAUCUUUGUUUUACUUUUUGUUUUUCCGGUAAAGUUGUUGGAAGAAAGAAGAAAUGGGUCAUGGAAAAUCCAAACCCGAAACCCCGGAUGAGUCAACGAAUUCACGAAUUCAGAAACUCCGGCAGCGCCUCCACCUCCAGCGCCCUCACUUCCGCCGCCACCGCCGCGGCUCGAGCUCCGACCCUCGCCUAGCCAAACUACUCAAGGAGGAAGAUUUCGCCGGCAUCGCCCUCCUCCGCCUCGUCUGCGCGGAGAUGAAAUUCAAGGAUAAAUGGCUUGCCUGUGUUACUCUUGGUGAACAGACCUUCCGCACCGCCAUCUCUGAUCAAACCAACCAACCUGCCUGGAAUUCUGAGAAAAAGCUUCUUUUGGAAAAAAACGGGGCUCAUGUUGCAAGAAUAUCUGUAUAUGAGACGAACAGAAUGUCGAAAAACAAUAUUAUUGGUCUUUGCGAGGUUGAUCUGUAUGACUUUCUUACUCAGGUAAGUUGUCGUGCACUUUCUUACAAGGUUUUCUUUGCCGUAAUCGUCGGCACUAUAAGUUUGUCGUGUUCCAUUGAGGACCCAAUGGAAACAGAAAAGAGUUUUGCGCGACGUAUAUUGUCUUUAGUGGAUUAUGACGAAGAUGGAAACCUUUCAUAUGAUGAAUUCUCCGACCUAAUCAACGCAUUCGGCAAUCAACUGGCUGCUAACAAGAAAGAGGAGCUUUUCAAAGCUGCUGACGUGAACGGGGAUGGAAACGUAAGCAUGGAUGAGUUGGCUAUGCUUCUAGCUGUUCAACAAGAAAAGGGGGGCCCACUUCUUAACUGCUGUCCCGUGUGCGGUGAAGUUCUCAAAGUCUCCGAAAGGUUGAAUUCUAUGGUUCACUUGACUCUCUGUUUCGACGAAGGGACUGGAAGUCAGGUUAUGACGGGUGGUUUCUUGACCGACAAGCAAGCUUCAACCGGGUGGAUGUUUAAAGUAAGUGAAUGGGCUCAUUUUUCGUCGUAUGAAGUUGGUUUAAGGUCUGGAUCGAGCGCUUCACAUAUUCUGGUUUUUGAUCGACGAAGAAGGACAUUAGUCGAGGAAAUAAUCGAUGGCAAGAUUGUUUUAUCGAUGAGAGCAAUUUAUCAAAAUAAAGUCGGACUUGGCCUCAUGGACAUAGGUGUAAAAGAACUCCUGCAAAGCAUCUCAGAAAAGCAAGGAAGGAAAAUGGACACAGCUGAAUCGGCUAAGAAUAUACCAAAGUUUAUCGAGUCGUUUAAGGAUCAAUUAAAUAUGUCUGAAGUCAAAUACCCUCUGGAGAAUUUUAAGACGUUUAAUGAAUUCUUUAUACGAGAGUUAAAGCCAGGUGCUAGGCCAAUCGCCAGCCCUGAGUGUGAUGACGUGGCAGUAUGUGGGGCCGAUAGCCGUUUGACUGCAUUUGAAUCUGCUUCAGAUUCUAUUAGAUUUUGGAUUAAGGGCCGGAAAUUUUCUAUAAAAGGUCUUUUGGGGACUGAAGUUUGCUCGGAUGCCUUCGUUAAUGGAAGUCUAGUGAUAUUUCGGUUGGCUCCCCAGGACUAUCAUCGAUUCCACGUUCCCGUUUCUGGAAUUAUUGAGAAAUUUGUGGAAAUACCUGGAUAUUUAUACACGGUUAACCCAAUUGCAGUGAACAGCAAGUACUGUAACGUGUUCACUGAAAACAAACGUGUCGUAUCUGUAAUUUCGACCGAGGAAUUCGGAAAGGUUGCUUUUGUUGCUAUCGGAGCAACAAUGGUUGGUAGUAUCACUUUCACUAAAAAGGAAGGCGACUGUGUCAAGAAAGGAGACGAGUUUGGAUAUUUCUCGUUCGGCGGAAGCACGGUUAUUUGUGUUUUCGAGAAGGACACAAUAAAGAUAGACGACGACCUAUUGGAAAACAGUUCAAGAGCACUCGAGACAUUGGUUUCGAUGGGAAUGAAAUUGGGAGUCUCGACUAAGCAACGCUAGAGUUGCCGAAAAGGUGGAAAUCGUGUGUGGUGCAUGUGCAUGAAACUAACCAUUAAACAAAAAGACCGACUAGAGUGCAUGUACAUUGUUUUCGUUUCUAUUGUUCUCCGACUUUCGAAAUUGGCCUUUUCGUUGUCUUGUUGGCUUUCUAUUUGAAUGUACAUUAAUCUUUGC